AUGUGGCUGGACCGAGUAGAACGGAUGAAGGAUUCACCGUUCCACCACGUCCGACACGCAGUGCAAUCCAGGAGGAGGCUGGUAACCUUAGCAGCCAGACGUGCACAGUUGCAUCUCUAAAACUUGUGACGUCUGAUGCUGCAUGUUCGAAAGCUAAGGCUUCCAGUCCAGCGAUCACAGCUUCCUCCAUGAAACCGUCAGCUCGCUGUCGACGCAAGCGGUCGUCCAAAUUUGAGCUGAUCCCGGAUUACCGCGCUAAAUUGUAG